UGUAGGAGGAGACUGCCGCAGCAGAAAAAAAAGGAGUCGUGGAGGAAUCCUCAAACAGCUGUCCUGCAGACUGAGGCUCAGCUCAGAGGCAGAGACGCAGGGCAGGACGGUGUCACCGGGCCCCACGAGGACAGGACUCCUCUUCAUCCUGGACCUGAACCCAUCAGAGCACAGACCCAGAACCUGGAGAGGCUCCAGAUCUGAGCCAAGCUGAGAAAACCACCCACUUCCUGAGCCUCAUCGGCCCUGCUAAGAAAUCCAGACCCAGACGGAGUCCCGCUGAGCAGCAGCAUGUUUCUGAGAACGUAACUCAAUCUCCUGUCCUGAACAUUGAAGACAGCUCCGUAUCCAGAAGCAGCCAUGCCAGCUAAAGCGCCCAUAUAUCUGAAACCCACCAACAGUAAGAAGGGCAAAAAAUGCCGCCUGAGAGACAUUUUGUCCCCCGACAUGAUCAGCCCGCCGCUUGGGGACUUUCGCCACACCAUCCACAUCGGCAGGGGCGGGGAGAAGGACGUCUUCGGAGACAUGUCCUUCCUUCAGGGAAAGUUUGAGCUCCUGCCCGGGAAGGGGGACAUCCACCGUCAGUUCGGCAUCCAGUCUGAGUUCCUGCCCGUGAACACCCCAGGGGAUGCUUUCUUUCCAGAGACGCCUUCUCCUGUACUCAAAAAUGCCAUCUCACUGCCGACCAUCGGCGGCUGCCAGGCUCUCACUCUGCCGCCAAUCUCCUCCGGUCUUCCGCCAGAACCCUUGGAAGACAUCAUGGGACCGCCAAAGGUCGAGAACCCAGAGGACGUGGAGAUCCUGCAGGUGGAUGCCCUCCUGCGCUCCCUGGACGUCUUCGGCAGUGAGCCAUCAUCUCCCUUCACGGACAUCCCCUCGAAACCAGACGUCCUCCUGGACCUGCUGGAAAACACGGAUAAAGCAAUCGCCAAGGCCAACAAGUUAAACGGAUUCGACAAAGCACCAUCCUUUUUUAUCAACGCUCACAGCAACAGCAUCUGCUAUUCUAACGGGGGCACCAACGAUGAGAUUCCUUACUCCAACGGAGGUACCAAUGACGGCAUCCAUUACUCUAACAGGGGCACCAACGAUGAGAUUCCUUACUCCAGUAGAGGCACCAAUGACAGCAUCCAUUACUCCAAUGGAGGUAUCAAUGAUGGCAUCCAUUACUCUAACAAGGGCACCAACAAUGAGAUCCCUUACUCCAAUGGAGGUACCCAUGACGGUGUACAUUACUCCAACGGGGGCACCAACAACAACAUCCCUUACUUCAAUGGAGAAACCAACGAUGGCAUCCAUUACUCUAACGGGGGCACCAAUGAUGGCAUCCAUUACUCUAACGGGGGCACCAAUGAUGGCAUCCAUUACUCUAACGGGGGCACCAAUGAUGGCAUCCAUUACUCCAUCGGGGACACCAACGACGACAUCCCUUACUCGAAUGGAAGCACUAACGAUGGCAUCCACUACUCUAACAGGGGCACCAACGAUGGCAUUUGUUACUCUAACGGGGGCACCAACAGCAGCUAUUACGGGGACUUUCAAAGCAAGAUCUGCAACAGCAGCCGGGGUUUCAAUGGUAACUGCAAUGAAAAUGGUAACUGCAACGGGUACGGACACUUUCGCAAUGACAUUUUCCUGGGCUACAAGCAGGAGCUCUCCAAGUGCAAUAAAGGGUGGGUGGACAGGGACAGUGGGGUGGAGGAGUUUGAGUUGGAGCUCUCCAAAGAGAAGAGCUCGUCGGAGGAUUCCCUGACCCAGAUCACCGGGUCGCUCCUCUCCCUCGAGCUGGACCUGGGCCCGUCCAUCCUGGACGAUGUGCUCAACAUCAUGGAUAAAACUGCAGCAAAGAGCAGGCCUUAAGCUGCGCCAGAGAGAGAAUUAUAAAUAUAAUAAUAAUAAUAAUAUAAUGAAUCUGCCGGCACACCUGGGUAAACGGUGGCCAUUUUGAGGGACUAACUUGUGUAAACACAGUUAGAAACCACUGCAAGUUCUAUAUUAGCAGUCUACCAAUAUAUAUUAAAAAAAUAAAAGUUUUCUGCAGGCAUGUCUUAUUAAUACUUUAAUGAACUUCUUCCAGACUUUAAGGCCAAGUUUGAGUCAGUUUUAGUGAUCGGUUCUAAAACCUGUAGGUAUAAGUGGAAAUAUGAACAUUUGUUGUCAUAUUUAGACAUUAUCUACUGUAGUUUGCAUGAUUGAGGUCCCUCAAAAUGGCGUCAAUAUACACACUCGCCUGAUCACAUGACCCGGUGACGAAUGUAGAUGUAGACCGAUCUUCUAGCCAUGAGAGGAGAGAAAUUUUUAAGUAAUCAAGAUGGUGUCUGGACAUAUCAUUGAGAUGAAAAUCAGCCACAAGACGAAAAGCUGCUCCAGUUUUUCUGAAUAAAACUGAUUCUGUGGAGUUUUGGUUCCUCUGGGGUUUGUUUACAGCACGUUCCAGACAUGCAUGAGCUUUUGGGUUUCAGCUUCAUUGCUACCGUUGGGUUUUAAAAUAUCACAUGGAUUGGUGUUGUCACGUUGUCUUUUGAGUUUCAGAUCUAAUCGACAUGUUUGAGUGAAGCACUAUUGUUUGUUUGGUCACAUUUAAGCAGAAGAACACUAUGCAUUUUUGUGUUUUUGAAAUUAUAACACAAAUAAAGUCA